AUGUAUGGUAAAGAUUUAGACGACAUCUUCAACUGUACUGCAGGGAAGAAGGCGGAGAACGAGGUGAACUAUGGAGGAGGGAUGUCCGGGGCGUUCAUCGCCGUCUUCACGUCGGUGUCCAACCUGUGCGUCAUCGUGCUGGUGGUGAAGAAGCUGCGGCGAGAGGUGAGCGUUCCCGCCGUGCUGGUGCUCGGUCUGGCCGCUCACGACUUCGGCGCCGGAGCCUUUUCAUUUCCGCUGGUUGCUGCAGCCUACUUCCGGGGCAUGUGUUGGACAGGCGGCUGGCACGCAUGCGCAUACAACGCCUUCAUGCAUAUCUUCCUCCUGACAAGCUCGCAGUUUGCGGUAGUUUUGAUCGCAGCGGACCGGUUCACUGCUCUGAUGUUUCCAUUCCGCUACGUGACCUGGGCCAAGCCGUGGACGGCUGUCUGCGGUUUGAUCGCCAUUUCGGUCUUUUCGGCUGUCUUCGCAGUCCUACCGCUCCUGGACGUCGUCGCCGUGGCUCCGAUAUUUGAGGUGGUCUGCUCCUUCGACUGGUCCGACUCCACCGCUUCUGGACGCUUCUACAUCUACUGGACUGUCGUGCAGGGUUUCGUGUUGAUCGGUAUCCUGCUGGUGAUGAACUUGUACGUGAUCCUGGAGGUGCAGCGGAUGAACGGGCGCGUGGAGCGGGCGCCGCAGGACGAGGAGGCGGGGAACGAGCGGGGCCGGCGCCGCCACGAGAAGUACUCCGAGUUCACCCUGCUGGUCGUCAUGGUGUCCGUGGUGUUUGUCGUCUGCACAGCGCCCAUCCUGGUCAGGACACUGUGUAACCAGUUGGGCAUCCUCCCGUCAGAAAACGCUGACUACGUGGCGAAGCGGCUCAGCAUCAUCAGCAGUAUGGUCAACCCACAUCUGUACUGGACCUUCCGCCCCAAGGCCAGGAAAGCCAUCAUCAAGUUCGUCAGAGAGACAUGUGGCCGGCUGAGACGGGACGACAGCGCCAACGACAAAGAGAAGAACGGUGAGGCGUCCUCCAGCGAGGACAGCCAAAACAGAAACGACACUGGCAUGAUGGCUCUGAAAGAGAUCCUGUCAGACCCCAGCAAGAUGAGAGAAAUCUCAGACGAGCUAGAGAUGCCCACCAAGAUCGGCAGACAUCUUGGAAACCAAAUGCCGCCAGUGGAAGGUAACUUCCCCGGGCUCUAUGAUUCUGAGCUCGGACAAAGCUUUCUGCUAAGAAAAGAACCAGUAAGCCGAGUCAGUGAGGUAGACGUGAAAGUUGCCUAG